GUCUUCCAGCUACACCAGCUAAAGGCUACAGUCCUGUCUGUUUUCAUCGUUUGUUUUAAGGUCUCAACGUUGUUGUUUUUGGUGAAGUGUUUGUCUUUCAAGCUACCGCUUAGCGUAAACAGGUUGACUCUCCUGGUGAACGUGUCUUCAGUCUCUCUUGGUUGUGGAUGACACUGGCUCUGUGCCAGUCCUUUGUAGAUGAAGAUGUCCCUGGCCCAGCGAGUGCUCCUCUCAUGGAUCUUUGCCCUGAUCUUCCUAAUCAUGCUGGUCCUCAAGCUGGACUCCAAGAUCCAUUGGAGCUGGUUCCUGAUCUUCCUCCCUGUCUGGACCUUUGACACAGUCCUCAUCCUCAUGCUUAUUGUGAAGAUGGCGGGACGCUGCAAGCCAGACUUUGACCCCAGAGAUGGUGAGCAUAGCCUGAAGAGGAGGCUGUGGUAUAUGAUGGCCCUGCUGCUGAAGCUGGCCUUCUGUCUGACUCUGUGCUCCUACCUGGAGAGGCUCACUGAUACCUGGGUCAGUGUGGUGUGUGUCCCUCUGUGGCUGCUGCUGGUUGGGGCUCUGGUGGAGCUGGGACAUAGUGUUUUCCACUACAGGAGGGACUGAACCAGAGGACUUGAUUUUGAACUCUAAUUUUUAUACACUCCGGCUUCUGUUGCUAUGGAACCACCGAUCUACUCUACUGGAUUGGCAUCAGAGCUGACAUGGACCUUAUAAAAAAAUGUGUAUCAGCCAGAUAUGACUGAUCUACAUUAAACGCCUCACUAGCUAUGUUUAAAUAUGCAAAAUGUCUUCAUUCAGAAAAGAAAGAUUAGAAUUUACAAUUCCAUCAUUUACAUGGAUGCAAAAUUAAAUGGAUCAGAUAGUGGUGUGCGUGCACAUGCAUCAAGCGUUGAGUAAGAAUGGACUAUUUGGACAUGCGCAGUGUUGACUAAUUCUCCAGAAAUAGAAGCAGAAGCUUCACUUCCCCUUCUGUAGUAAACUCAAGCUGCACGUCAUUGUCCACUAUCCGUCGCAUUUUCUUCCUCUUCCGUGUCUGUGACUUUCACGUCUGUCCAUUCUUCUUCUUUUUGAAUGAAAAUACAGCUGUAAGAUGGCACCAAACCAGGAAGUCAUGAUCAGAUGUACUGUUUAUGACAGAUCUGAAUGAUGAUCGUUCAGAAUGAAAUUUGUUUCUGAAUGGCCUGUGUCGGAUCAGAGUUUUCAGAUUGGCAUGUUUACUUGACAUUUUUAUUCCCAUCAGGCUUUUAUUCUGAUUACUUGUGUCUAUGUAAACAUAGCUUGUGUCAGUAUCAUAGUGAAAUUCACUUGUUUCUCAGCUUUAAAGGGAUAGUGCUGUUUUUUAUAAAGUACAGUCGGUGUGUUACAUAGAGUAGACAACAUUCAGCACACUGCAAGUUUGGAGAGGGAGAUGGGAGAACUGUAGCACGAUUUACACACUGUUUUUAUGUGACGAAGGACAGCACAGAAAACUUAGUUUUAGUCCCAACUGAAAAACUGGGAUAAUAUCUUAACCUCUUACUUUUUAUUGAGAAUAUUUUCAGAGCUUUAAUGUGCUCUCAGACUGCCCUUUAACACAAUUCUCAACAUAUUCCUGCUCCCUUAACCACACAAUGCUAUAAUUUUAAAUGGCUGCCUGACAGCUUGCUAAAUCACUGAAAGUAUUCCAAAUAUAUAGUGUACAGUAAGAAUUUUAUUAAAUUUUUCAGUCUUUUAGUGGACUACAACAGGCUUCUCUGCGGUCGGCAUUCACAUCAAAAUGACACAUGGUGCUCUGUCCGUCCAUACAGACAGCACACUCAACACUGUCUACAGCAGAGUUUCUCAAUCAUGCAUGUUUUAGAUGUUUACCUGCUCCAACAUACCUUAAUUAAAUGGUCAGUUCAUCAGCAAGCACUGCAGAAACCUGAUAACGACCCAUCUAUUUGAAUCAGGUGUGAAACUUCUGAAACGUGUAGUGCAGUGGGCCCCCAGGACCAAGAUUGAGAGACUGUAGUCUACAGUAUGUAUCACAGUGGCACUGCAUAACUACCUGACACACCCCCACUUUAAAAAAUGCGAACUGUCCCUAAGCUAUUUUAUUUAAAGCAGUUUGUCAACUCAGGCCUUAUCCACACAGAAACAGAUCUUUCCCUAUUUUCGUUCUUUAAAAUUUUUUGUAAACAACAAGAAAUCCCUUCAUUUAUAAGAAACCCCUCAAACUGACUAACCGCUGUAGUUUCUAUGCUAGGCCUGUAUGUGGUGCUGUAACAUUGUCACAGAAAUACACCAAAAGCGGAGGAGACAAUGUGCAGCUUAAUCCGCCGUUGUUAUCUGACAUCUAUCGGGGUUGGGGGGUUGAGGGCUAGAGAGGUGGUGCUGUGACAUCAGUCUUCCCAUUGUUGCAUUUCUUACUCUAGCCUUUCAGGACUCCCAAAACACUGGUUCUGUGUGGAUAAGAAGCGUUUUGCGUGUACGGGCCCCUCAUUAGACCCCUGUGUGUUGUUCACACUGUGGCGCACAGGUGUUCAAUAGCACUACAUUAUUCUGGCAUUCACAUGCCUGCCUUCUGGUGUUCCCUGAGGCAACAGUAGAAACAGAACUGGUGAAGUGCACACACAACACUGAAACAAGCACCACGUUACUGACAUGAAACGUGAAAUACACUAGCAUGCACUGUGUGCCAUUGAGCCAUGUUUUUUUGAAUCACUGUUGCUAAGUAUGUCACCACAAGCGUUUCUGUAAAGCAGUUAGAAAUCUCACAACUUCUGCAAUUUGAAUGUAAAUGGAGAACUUUCCUCCUUCAAACCUAAUUUGCACUGUUCAGACAUUUCCUCAUAAGAAAACUGUACAUUCUUGUCCGUGCAUAAUGUAUACAAUUCAGCUAGAUGAAACUCUUUGAUGUCAACUGCACCUCUUCCUUUGUUAUUUGAAAAUUACAUUCAACACUUUUUGCCCAAAAAGUGACUCAAUAAAUGCAUCAUAUUUUGCUGUA